AUGAGUGCGCAAUAUUAUCCGUUGCCCGCGAAGGGUCCUCGACCUCAAGCCCCGGACGUCUCUUGCUCAGGCAUCUUGGGAAGCCGGGAUCCCGAUCAGAUACUAUCGAAAGCCGCUCGUCAUAUCGGAGAUGCUACCGCGCCUCUGUUCUCUGGCUUGUACGAUAUCCGGCAGCUGUGUACCGGGCUUGAUUCUCGCCGUUUUGCGCGACUCUCUGCCGAGAACUUGGCCCUCCAACAUCGGCGACUGGAUGAACGGAGAAUUUGCAUCUGUCUGAGUGAACCUGAAUGGAGGCGACUCGGAGCCUACACGACAGGCAUAGCGACGAGCGACGGCGUGGCGUGA